AUGUUCUGGGAGAAGGAAUACCUCCAGAUUUCCGCCCAACUGGCCGAAGAGGCGAGGGAGCGAGCCAGUCAGUCUCAACUCCAGAUCUUGACGGACAAGAAACAACUGCGCCGCAUUCUGGUCGCUGUCGCGGCUUUGACCUGCCUCCAGACGAAUGGCGCCCAAACCAUCCAGGUGUAUCAGUCUGUGCUGUAUGCGAACUUAGGCUUCUCCCAUCAACAGACGCUGCUGAUGGCCGGCGUGUUCCAAAUCAUCCUGACGGUGGGAUGUCUGCUGGGCUUGUUGUUGGUCGAUCGAGUGGGCCGCCGAUGGCUCUUCCUCAGCAGUUUCGUCGUGCUGUCCGUCUGUGUCGCCAUCUUUGCCGCCUGUACCGCCAAAUACGAGGACACGGGUCUAACUAGUUUCGGCAAAGGCGGCGUCGCCAUGAUCAUGAUCUUCAUCUUCUUCUUCGGAUGCAUCUCGGGCACACCAUAUGCAUACGCGGCGGAAAUCCUGCCCACCAAGAUCCGCGCGCCGGGCUUCGCCAUGGGCUUGUUCUGCUCCAACGCCAUCACCAUCAUCUUCACCCAGACCGCGCCCAUGGCUCUGGACAAGAUCAGCUGGAAAUUCAAUUUCGUCUUUAUCGGCUGCAAUGCCGUCUUCUUUCCAAUUGUGUUUUUCUUCUUUCCUGAGACCAAAGGCUUGACCUUGGAAGAAGUCGACCGCGCCUUCGGAGUCAAGGUACAGAUCCAGCUUGCCGACAUUGGCGCCGACGCCGCCACGAAGGUGGAUGAGGCCGGGGCCGAGGGUGUGGACCAGGCGGAGACAAUCGAGUAUAUAAAGUCAGAGGCAGAGCCGGGGCUAGGCUCCAAGUCCAAGUCGUCCGAGGUGGUUUGA